CAUCGCAAGAAAGUCAGAUCCCGUUCCGCUUCUGACCCACCGUUUGACGACAAUAACGGGCCGUCCGUUGAGUUCUUCCCGAAACCACAGCCAACGCAAGAAACUCAGGGAUAUGUAUGGCUUACGUCUUACUCAAGAAUUCCUAAAUUAGAGCUUAAGAGUGCGGAAAGUCUAUCGAAUACGAUAUUAGGUAUAUCCAGAUGUUUGGCGCUCUUCUAUAUCUACCAUCAGUUCAAAAAUCUGUACGGUUUGGGAUCCAAAUACUUGGUCGGAAUCUCAGCCCUCUUUACCGUAUUCUCGAGUUUCAUAUUCUGUUCCGCAGUCUUAUAUGCAUUGAACGCAAACUUCAUUGAAUUAAACGACGCUUUGCCCUUCUUUUUUCUCUUAUCCGACUUAUCGAAAGCCAGUUUAUUAGCGCAGUUCGCCCUCUCCUCCUAUACCAGAGAGGAAGUGAGAGAGAAUAUCGCGAGAGGAAUGGCUAUAUUGGGCCCGACAUUGACUUUGGAUACGUUGGUCGAAACGUUGGCAAUAGGUGUGGGAACAGUGUCUGGUGUGAGCAAACUUGAAGAGAUCAGUUGCUUCGCCUGCAUAUCGGUUCUCGUCAAUUAUGUCGUGUUUAUGAUACUAUUCCCGGCCUGUCUUUCACUGGCAUUAGAGUUAUCGCAUAAUCGCGAGGAUAGCGCACCCGUUUGGCAAUUGAGUACUUUAACCAAAAUCUUGCAGUUGGAGUCGGAGAAGACUCCCAAUCCAGUGAUACAACGAAUCAAACUGAUAAUGUCUGCGGCCCUAAUGCUUGUGCAUACGCUUAGCCGGUGGCCCAUUGGCGCCGAAACCGACUCUUCCUCAUUGGACUCGACUUUCCAACACUCGGAUCACGACUUCCUUAUGGAUCGCGAGCCGACAUUCUUAGAGACUUUGUUCAAAAAAUAUCUGACAGUAUGCUCUGAACAGGUAGUGAUGAUUGGACUGGUGUUCGCACUCGCCGUCAAAUAUAUAUUCUUCGAGAAUAAAGAGUAUUAUUCGGAACACAUUAAACACCAAUACAAACACGAAAUGAAACAGCAAAACAUGAACACACAGACCGCUCAAGAGAGCAAUGGCUGCAAAUUACGUACUCUCGAGAAGCCGAGUAUUACGGUUUCGCAGGACUCGGACACCGAAUCUAUGAUUUAUGAAAACGUUAAGUCGAAAGCGUCCGAUAAGAUUCCCAUUUCGAGAGACAUUUCGGUGAAUGAGAACGUCUCAGAAUUGCCCACAUUUUUCAUCGGAGACGACUGUUCCUCAGAUAUGAGUGAAACCGAAUACAUCGACCGAGAGGUGCAAACCGACGAAACCCGUAUCGCUUCCACCGACGCGACCGCUUGCGAAGAAUCUGAAAUCAGAGAAAUUCAAACACUACUCGAUUUGUAUAACAGAGAGGAUGGCGUCAAUCAGUUGACGGAUUCAGAGAUUCAGUAUUUGGUGGAUAAGCAACACUUGCCGUCCUAUAAGUUGGAGUCCAUAUUAGGAAACGCCGAAAGAGGUGUUGCCAUCAGAAGGAAACUGAUAGAGAAAUCGUCUGAUAGGAUGGGGAUCCUGAAGAACGUGCCGUACACUCACUACGACUACUCUCUAGUGAUGGGCGCGUGCUGUGAGAACGUGAUCGGUUACAUACCGGUGCCGUUAGGCGUCGCCGGACCACUGCUUUUGAACAAAAAACAAUAUUAUGUGCCAAUGGCUACGACGGAAGGCUGUCUAGUGGCGAGUACUAACCGGGGCUGUCGGGCGCUCCUUCUCUCGGGUGGUGUCAGUAGCAGUAUUUUCUCGGACGGUAUGACCAGAGGACCGGUUGUUCACUUUCCCACAGCUAUGAAAGCGGCCGCAGCUAUGAAUUGGUUGCAAAGGGAAGAAAACUUUCAGCGAAUCAAAACCGUAUUCGACUCGACCUCCCGUUUCGCGCGUUUACAGCGAAUCCACCCGCGAGUGGCCGGACGUUACCUUUAUCUGCGAUUUGUUGGUUCGACCGGCGAUGCGAUGGGAAUGAAUAUGUUGUCCAAAGGCACAGAAUCGGCGCUUCAGGAACUGAGUAAAGUGUUUCCCGAGAUUCAGGCCUCGUGUUUGAGCGGCAACUUCUGUACGGACAAGAAGGCGGCGGCAGUCAAUUGGAUCGAAGGCAGGGGUAAAUCCGUGGUCUGCGAGGCUAUCAUUCCCGCAAAGGUUAUCGAAAAGGUGUUGAAGACAUCGCCCGAAGCGUUAAUGGAACUGAAUAUAAGCAAAAACCUGAUCGGAUCGGCCGUUGCCGGCACUAUAGGCGGCAACAAUGCUCACGCGGCUAACCUCGUGGCCGCUAUUUAUAUCGCUUGUGGACAGGAUCCGGCACAGACUGUGGGCAGUUCUAACUGUAUUACUCUAAUGGAAUGUCAUGGAAAUGAUCUGCACGUGUCGUGCACUAUGCCAUCCAUCGAGAUCGGAACCAUUGGCGGCGGAACUGUACUCAAACCACAGAGUGCUUGUCUUGAGCUGUUGGGAGUGAAGGGCUGUUCGAAGGAAAUAGCGGGCAGUAAUUCGUGCGAAUUUGCGACUAUAGUGUGCGCCACUGUAUUGGCCGGAGAGUUGUCACUGAUGUCUGCGUUAGCGGCCGGCCAUUUGGUCCGCUCUCAUAUGACGCACAAUCGGUCCAACAUUAAUAUUAACGCCGAGAACGCGGUCUCCCUUUCAUCCAAUCCUCUAAAAAGUGUGACAAAUGGUUAGUCAAAGACGGCGUCGAAAAAAACAUUUGAUAACUUUUUAAAGUAUAAAAUAUUUUAUAAAUUAUUUAUAUUAAACAUAAAAUCCUUAAUUAUAUAUACAUAGAAAUAAAUUUUUAUUUUAUAUGAAAUCAA